AUGGUUAAUGAACUGUGGCAACAAGAGGGUAUAUAUGCCUUAGCAAAUUUCCAACCAGCAGGGUACCUUUCAGACCACUCACCAUGCAUUGUAUCACUCUUCCAACAAGGAGAAGGUAGAGGUAAACAUUUCAAAUUCUUCAACAUGUGGAUGGAUCACUCAGAUUUUCAGAGUGUUGUUUCUUCCAGUUGGAAUCAACCAAUCCAUGGGACGAAGCAAUACAAUCUAUGCAAAACGUUACAGAGGCUUAAGGAAAAUCUGAAGCAACUCAACUACAAACUCUUUACUCACAUUUCUGCUCACGCUGAUAAAGCUAGACAUGACUUAAAGGCAGCACAAAUGGAGCUACAUGAUCUACCGACAAACAUUGAGCUGCAAAGUAAAGUUGCACUCUUACGAAAGCAAGCCGUGGGUUUAUAUGAUGCAGAGAGAAGCUUCUAUUAUCAACAUGCCAAAUGUGCUUAUUUGAGCAAGAAUGAUAAAUGCACAAAGUUCUUCCACUCUUUAGUUAAAAGGAAUGUGAAGAAAAACUUCAUUGCAGCUGAAACAAAUCAUGCAUGUGAUCCCAUUGAUCUAAACAUUUUACGUGAAGGGCCAUCACUUUCUCCGGAGCAGGCAAAUUCCCUCAUUAAGGAUAUCUCUCCACAAGAGAUAAAGGAAGCUUUGUCUAACAUAGGAGAUGAGAAAUCGCCUGGACCAGAUGGAUACAGUUCUUGUUUUUUCAAGAAAGCUUGGGAAACGAUCGAAGGUGAUUUUGUUAAUGCUAUCAUAGAAUUCUUUGAUACUGGCUCACUCCUCAGAUUGGCUCCUAUCCUUGGUUCCAUCAUUGACAAUGCCCAGGCAGCUUUUGUGAAAGAGAGAAGCUUAGUCGAGAAUGUCCAUCUUACACUGGAACCAUUAAAGCAAUACAAUCGGAAGAGAGUAUCGCCUAGAUGUCUGCUCAAAAUUGAUCUCAGAAAAGCAUAUGACUCCAUCUAUUAG